UUGUCUCUUCUUCUUCUUACUUCUUCAUAUUGACCAGAACCGAACUCCAAACUCGGGAAAGAACAAUGGCGUUUAUCAAUUCUAACAACUUUGAGACUGAUCAGGUUCUGGUAGAAGAGCACAUGUUUGUGAAAACAUUGAUAUUAAACAGGCCUAAGCAACUGAAUGCCCUUUCAUAUCAAAUGAUUUCUCGCUUAUUGGAACUCUUUCUUGCCUGGGAGGAGGAUUGUAAUGUCAAGAUAAUAAUUUUGAAGGGGAAAGGAAGGGCAUUUUGUGCUGGUGGUGAUGUUGCUGCUGUGGUUCGUGAUAUCAGUGAAGGUAAUUGGAGAUUAGGUGCAGAAUUUUUCUGGAAAGAAUUUAUCUUGAACUAUGUGAUGGCAACAUACAGAAAACCCCAGGUUUCAAUUCUUAAUGGAAUUGUCAUGGGAGGUGGGGCUGGCGCUUCAAUACAUGGUAGAUUUCGAGUUGCAACAGAGAAUUCGGCUUUUGCAAUGCCAGAAACAGCCUUGGGACUCUUCCCAGAUGUAGGCGCCUCUUAUUACUUUUCAAGACUCCCUGGAUUCUUUGGAGAAUAUUUGGGCCUUACAGGUUCUAGGUUGGAUGGCGCUGAAAUGCUUGCAUGCGGCCUUGCAACCCAUUUUGUUCCCUCAGCGAGAUUGUCUUUGUUAGAAGAAGCCCUUUGCAAGCUAGAUUCAAGUGAUCCGUUGGUUGUUUCUGCGGCCAUUGACCAAUUUUCUGAACAACCUCGUUUGAAAGAUAAAAGUGCCUAUCACCGGUUGGAGAUCAUUGACAAGUGUUUCUGUCGAAGGACGACUGAACAAAUUAUAUAUGCCCUUGAGAUGGAGGCUGUAAACAGGAUGGAUGAUUGGAUCUCUUCAACGAUUCGGUCACUGGAGAAAGCAUCCCCAACAAGUCUUAAGAUUUCUCUUAGAUCGAUCAGAGAAGGGAGGCUCCAGGGUGUGGGUCAGUGCCUUGUCCGUGAGUACAGAAUGGUUUGUCAUGUCAUGCGAGGAGAAGUCAGCAAGGAUUUCUUUGAGGGUUGCCGGGCCUUACUGCUGGAUAAGGAUAAAAACCCAAAGUGGAAACCUUCUAAACUAGAGUGUAUAAGUGAUGAUAUGGUCGACGGUUACUUCUCCAAGAUAGAUGAUGAAGGCUGGGAAGAUCUAAAACUCCCUCCCAGAUCAAACUUGCCCGUACAUGCCAUUGCGAAGCUCUAAGCAUAAUUUCAAGUGGCGUCAAAUUUCACCUCAUGGAUCUUAUCAACUGUAGCAGUUAAUUUAGUUUGCAAUGGCAUCAAAGUUUAGUUCACUGUAUCUUAUAGAACUGUAGUCAUAAAUUUAGUUUGUGAUAUGCCCUCUCGUGCUGUGAAACCAAAGUUGUUUUGGUUAGAGGAUGCGAUUUUCAUGUGGUACCGCAACAAAUAAUGAAGUGGAUAACCGGUGUACCUUUGUCCUAAUGAAUUUGGGUCUAAACUCCCAAACUCAAGUUCAAGGUUUGGAGACCGAUAGAGAAAGGAAAAAAUAAUGAGGUGGAUAGACAUUUUGUAAAAUAAACUGAAAUCAAAAUGGAAGAUGCAUGCAUACACAAUGCAUUACAAGUAGACAAUUUUAUUAUACAGUUCGGAUUGCUGUCUCUAUUAUUUUUGGUUGAAUGCCAAAAUUUGUAGGUGCUGCUGUUACUGUGGAAUCAUUUUUCAGAUUGCUUCUUAAAUAUAUUAAGUUUAGAUUGCA